CAGCAAACAGAAGUAAAAGCAACACCGAGCAAGGCGGACGUGUGUGGCGCAUUUUGUUGAUACAAUUUUGAUUAUAAGAAUUUCUUCUGUGUGAAAUCUAACAGCAACAACACACCAAUAAAUUAUAAUAAAAAAAAAGAAAAACAAAAUUAAAAGAAAACAGUAUAUCGAUAAAUCGUGAAUCAACUGUCAAAUUGUAUCGUUCGUGCAGAGUUGCCUUAUUCCGUAACAAUAACAAUAAAUCGAAGUGUUGCAAACAAAGUAUGAAAGAGAAGCAAAACAAAUCAAGUAAAAACAGUUAAAAAUACGCAUAAAUUAUGCAACAUUAUUACAAGGAGUAACGAACAAACAGUGAAAAUCGCGCGCGCAACAGCAACAAACAGCUGUCAACAAAAAAUAUCUCGUAUUUUUUAUCAACAGAGCAAGCGGCGAAUUGCCUGUCAAUUUUGACGUCUACUCCUCUCCUCCUCACAUGUGCAUGUGUGUGUGUGCGGCUGUGUCCGCCUGUGAACGUGUCUCAUUCUCAUCAUUGUCAAUCUCGUGCUCGUUCUCUCAGUGUGCGUGUCUCUUCUUGUGUCAGUCAGAAAUAAAUUCGCAAAGUUCGAGUGUCCAGUAAUCCGGUGUUAAGGAAGUGUUAAAGCUUUUCUGCAUACACACAUCCACAUACACACAUAUAUUUCUACCUACCGGCAUAUUAAUGACGUCACGUCACGUCAGGCAGCAACAACAGCAUCAGCAUCGGCAGCCAUCACAAUAACAACAACAACCACAACAACGCCCGCGCAAUAAAAGGCUAAAGAAGCGACAAUAAUAACAGCAGAAGCAGCAGCAGCGGCAGCAACUGCAAAGUCAGCAAAGUCAAAGUAACGCCACAAAAGAAAACCAAAAAAGAAAAAAUAAAACAAAAACAAAAGCAAAACGCGUCUUUUUCGUCAGUUGCCAUUACGUCUUCGUUCGCUUCUUCUGCUCUCUCAGCUGUGCGCGUGCAAACAAACAACGCAAAAGAAGUUGAAAAUUACUCCAACGACAAUAACAACAACAACCACAGCAGCAACAGCAACGACAACAAAAAAAGCUACAGCUACAACUACAAAGACGUGUGAGUUUUGUGUAUGAGUGUGUGCAACAACAACAAACAAACAAACAAGAAAAUAAACAAAAGCAGCCUCAACAACAGCAACAACUAACUGAACGUCCCCCCUCUCCCCAUCAGCUGUAGCACAAGAUAAUGUAAAAUCAGCGUAUGCUCAAUAAAGAAAGCUUACCCAAAACAUAAAGCCGCUAAACUUGCAAAAAACAAAAAAACAAAAUCAAUGAAGUUAUAGCAGCGUAUGUGCAAAAUACAUAAUACGUAUCUAUAUAUAUUUAUAUAAACGGUCGUUCCAAUCAAAACUACAAAAAAAAAAAAACAAAAAAAAAAACCCCAACUCUUGGCCAGGAAAGGCUUUAAGUACCCAAGCUAUCAACUAUCAGCUAUCCCCCAGCUUUGCAAUCCUCAAAUAAAAAAAAAAGAAUACCAAAAAAAAUAAAACAGCAGCAAAAAAUACGCUAUUAUUUAUGCUACAUUGAUCUGUAUACCUUAUACAUAGGUGCUGUGCUCUGUGCUAAGAGCUGUUGAAUUUUUGUGUGAACCAGAAGCGAAUCGCAAAGUCUAACACUUAUAACAAUAAUAAUAUAUUAUAUACGUAUAAAUAUAUUUGAAAGCCAACGUCAUACAGUAAACGCGCAAGACAACACAACACAUCUAGUCGCCAGAUAAGCUAUCUAUAAAGCAUCCCCAGCUAAUCGAUAAAAGAUAUACAUACUACUACUACUAUAUACUAUACUCUAUAUAUAUAUAGAUAUAUAGUUUAAACUAGUACCACAUACCGCAUAUUAUACUACUACUACCGCUGCUGCAAUGGCCAACGUGGUGAACAUGAACAGCCUGCUCAAUGGCAAGGACUCGCGCUGGCUGCAAUUGGAGGUUUGCCGUGAGUUUCAGCGCAACAAAUGCUCGCGUCAGGAUACGGAGUGCAAGUUCGCCCAUCCCCCGGCCAAUGUUGAGGUGCAGAACGGCAAGGUCACCGCUUGCUACGAUAGUAUCAAGGCGACGCUUCAAUUAGACAUGGAUAACUUCAAGGGACGUUGUAAUCGUGAUAAACCGCCGUGCAAAUAUUUUCAUCCACCGCAGCAUCUGAAGGAUCAACUUUUGAUAAACGGUCGCAAUCAUUUGGCCCUUAAAAAUGCGCUGAUGCAACAAAUGGGCAUCGCACCCGGACAGCCGGUCAUAUCGGGCCAAGUGCCAGCUGUGGCAACAAGUCCCUACUUGACUGGCAUACCAGCCAACACAUACAGUCCUUACUAUGCAACCGGUCACUUAGUGCCUACCUUGCUGGGACCCGAUCCAACAGCUGUUGCCUCUCAGCUUGGCCCAGUGGUGCCACAAACCGUUCAGGUGGCACAACAGAAAAUUCCACGAUCCGACAGAUUAGAGGUCUGUCGCGAAUUCUUGCGCGGCGCCUGCAAACGGGCCGAGUCUGAAUGCCGGUUCGCGCAUCCGCAGGAGAGCGUCGCAAGGCACGACGAUGGUUCCAUAACGGUUUGCAUGGACGCCGUGAAGGGCAGAUGCGCACGUGACCCCUGCCGCUACUUUCAUCCCCCCCUGCACCUACAGGCACAAUUAAAAGCGGCCCAAACACGCGCCACCGCUGUCGCUGCUGCAGCUGCGACACCAUCUCUUGCGGCCCACCAACAACACCAACAUCUGCAACAACAACACCAACAACAACAACAGCUGCAGAGCAACAACAACAACGCCAUCCCAACGGCCUGCGGCGUCGCUGCUGGCGCAACAACAACAACACCAACAGCAACAACAACAAACAACGCUGCCGCUGCCGCUGCUGCUGCCGCCGCCGCUGCCGCUGCUGUUAUGGGUCAUCAUACUCUGGAAGUGGGCAAAAAGCGGGCAGCGGAUCCUGAAAUGUUUCCACUGAUGGAUGUUAAAACGGUUGGUUCAUUUUACUAUGAAAACUUCCAAUUCUCUGGCAUGGUACCGUUCAAACGUCCAGCUGCUGAAAAGUCGGGCAUUCCAGUGUAUCAGCCCGGUGCGACAACCUAUCAGCAAUUAAUGCCGCCUUACGUGCCAGUGUCAUCAAACACUAAAAUACCACCUCUAAAUGCUUCCUGCGUUAUCUACACCGACGCAAGCGGACAGUUACUGGACACCCUCCCGGUGUGCCAAGAUUUCAAUAGAUCUAUGUGCAGUCGGUUAAAUUGUAGAUUCGUUCAUUUAACUGAAGAUGACAAAGUCGAGGUGCUUGAUCAACGUGUCGCUGUUUGUCGGGAUCAUGCCAACAGCCAAUGUCGCCGCAAACAAUGUAAAUACUAUCACAUACCGAUUGUAUUGCCGCCAGCCAACAUAAUGGCCGCCAUGAUCACCAAUCCCAGUGAGCAACAGGCGACAGCGGCCAAUGGUACUGUGGUGACAACAACAACCACUCCAGGAGCGGUUGCUGCUGGCUACAACCACAACAACAGCAACACCAACAAUUUGAUCAUCAUAGAGACUCAGCAGCAACAACAACAGCAGCCACAGCAACAGUUUGGCUAUCACACCAGCAAUAGCAGCAACAACUACUACAACAACAACACUGCUGCAGCACACGGCAACAACGUGUAUCAGCAACAUCAUCAGCAGCAGCAGCAGCAACAACAACACAUUACUUAUCACCGUAGUUCACCGUAUUCGCCGUCGUCAACUUCGUCAUCAUCCUCAUGCUCGAUAGCCACAUCGCCCACAUUGUCCUCGGCAACAACACUCUCGACCACUUCGACAGCAACCAUGCCCACACCACAGCAACAAUACGCUGCAGCCGCGGCGCCGGCUGCCACAUUUCUCAAGGCGCCCGCCUACUAUGCCGACUCUGCACCCACUCUGGUGCUGAGCAAUGACUACAACUCCAACUGCAUACCAAUCCAGGCAGCACCGUACAUCUCACUACCACAGCAACAUGUGCUGAAGUACACAGCACAGCCACGAGCAACCAACCAACAGCAGCAGCAACAUCACAGUCUAAUUCAUCAUCAGUUUAUGGGUCAUCAUUUUCCGGUGGUCGCAACUACAGUAGCUGCUUUACCCGCCACUACAAUCACAGUGACACCGGCCAGUAUAGCCACACCCUCGCCUUGCAUCUAGUUAGGAAAUUAGAAAGCAUUUUGGCGCAUACACUUACCCCCAACUCAUUACUCACACGACGAUAGAUACAUACUAUAAUAAAAAAGAAAAAACAAAAUUGAAAUUUUUUGAUGCAAAUAAUUGGUUGACAUGAACUAUUUACAAAUACAGCGUAUAUUAUGGGGAAAAAAACAGUUGUUGGUAAGAGUAAAAGUAAAAAUUAAAAAUUUAAUAUAGUAUAUAUAUUGAGAACUCUACAAACAAAAAUUUGCAAAAUUUUAUGAAAUUGUAUGUUAAAUUUACACAAAAGGCAUGCAUAAACAUUUUGAGUGACUCCACAAUAUUAGGAAUCUUUCGACAAAACAAAAACACACUAACUAUAUAGAGACAAUACAAAACAUAUAUGUUUUGUGUUGUUCAAUUAAAAAUAAAAAUAAAAUAUAAUAAAAACAAACUUAGCAAGCAAAAAAAUGGAACUUUACAAGAACGAAAACCAAAAUUUGGGGAAGAACGUAUUAGUUUAAAACUAUUUUAAACUCUAGGGCUCCAUAUUUCAAACUUAAAUUAAACUAUAAUAUUAAAAACAAUAACAAUAAUAAGAAAUUAGUAAGAAAUGCUUAUAUUAGCAAAAGGUAAGUGUAAUCGAAAUAUUUAACAAAAUACUUGGAAAACAGUCAAAAUUAAUCAAAACGGGAAUGUUCACAAGCCAUAGUUUAGCAGCGACUAUACAACAAAAAACAAUACAAAUAUAAAUACGGGAAAUGCAAGUGUAUUUAAAAGAUAAAAAAUAAAAAUAGAAAGAAAAAGAGAAAGAAAAAACAACUACAGUCACGUCCUAUUUUUGCAACAACGAUUUACUACAGAACUUCAACAGAUUUAAAAUACAAGUUAAAAGAAAGGCUAAAAUAAUUCAGACGUUCAUUUUUUUUAAACAAAAAAUCGUACACCUUUUUUUACAUUUUAUAAAGAUGAACAAAUGAAUCAGACAGAAUACAACAAAGCAACCAAAAUGAAAUUUAAAUAAAAUAUUUUUUUAUAUUGAAAUAAUAACACACAAAAAUAUGAAACCAAAAUGACAUUAACAUCAAAACAAAAAAAAAACGAAUUAAAAAAAAAAAAAAACAAAAAAAUAUAAUCAAAUGUAAACUGUAAGCAUUUUUGCAAAAAAAAAAAGAAAACAAAAACAGAAAUAGAAAGAUUACCUAUAAUAUGAAAUUGAAUGAACAUUACACACUACAUUUUUAAGGAGUGUCUCACUAAUUUAGCUGAAAUUUCUAGAAAUAAUUUUAAAACAAUCAUUUCAUAUAAUACUUACCUACAGAUAGUCUCAUACAUGAACUUAGACACAUGAAAACCGACAACUAACAACACAAAAAAAAAACAAAAAACAAAACAAAGAUUGUUUUAGCGUGGAAAAAAAGGGAAAACGAAAUGGAAUAAAAUAAGAAAUAUACUGUAUCUUCCUAUGCCUAAUUUAUAAUUGAAAAAUACCACUAAAUAAAUAUACAAUGUGGAAAUGAUCGGUUUUAGUUAAAUAAUUGAUUGAUAUGAUUUAUACUUUGAUCUGUUAUAAGUAAAUUUAAUUUUUGAUAUAUAUAACUGAAUCAUAACAUAUAGAAUAACAACAACAGAACAUUACAAUUACAAUAAAUACAAAAUGGAAAACUACUUAUUAUAUACAACAUACAUGCAUAUAUAUUUAUGUAUAUACACGUAUAAUACUUAUAUAUACAUAUAUAUUUACUAAUGGCAACUAAAACAUGAAAUGUGAUCUUUUAAAGAAAUAAAAAUAAUAAGAGAAAUCAAUAAAUACUAAAUAAAGAACAAACGGGAAAUAUAUAUAUAUAUUAAAUACACAAAACUAAAAUUAUUCAUUUGGUGACAAAAGGUAAAUGAAUAAAUGUAACAAGUUUAAUAUAUCUACAUACAUAUAUAUAUAUAUAUUAAAUGGUAGCAAUAUAUAUUAGAAAUGUUUCUGAAAAACAACGACAAAAUGCAAAAUAAACAUUUUAUUUGGAAUUGAUUCCAUUAAUAACGAAAAAAACAAGAUAAAUAAAUAAAAAUGAAAAUAAAACAACACAAACUAAUGACGAGAAUAUCUCAAUCUUACAUAAAGAAAUAAUCGACAUAACCUAAGAUCGUUCAAAGUUUUAAGUGAUACUUAUACUUUACAAUACAUAUAUAUUUAAGGGCUGAUUAUAAUACACGGAAAUUUAGUUUUAUAUAAUUUCUCACCGUUUUCAAUAUGAAAUCCUAGAUUUUCUACUUUGCUUUCUUCUUGCUAUACAUACAUAUAUUACCCAUCUAAAACAACGAUAAAAAGAUUCACACAUUCACUCUCUACGCUGUUGUUUCUUGACUCCUAUUCACCUCUAUCAAACACUUUUGUCAAACUAUAACUAACCGUUUAUAAAGAUAAUCCUCAUAGAUACACAGACACUAAGCAAAAAUCAAGAAUAAACAGUAACAACUCCAACUCAAAUGCCUAAUAAGUUUCCGUCCAUUAUAAGCAGACCUUAAAUCUAUAUGCAACCACAACAACAGCAAAAAAUAAACAAAUAAAAAUAGAUCAGCAUAUGGAUCGAUAAAAGAAAGUUGUAUACAACAUAAAAAUAAAAUAAUAAAUAAAACAUUUAUAAAAAUUAUAUUAAAUACAUAUUAGUAGGAACUUAAAAAUAUGACGUUAAAAUAAAAACAUUUUAAAGAAUUCUUAAAAUUACAUAAAAAAAAAAGAAUUGGCGAAAAAACAAUAAGCUGAAAAUGGCAAAAAAAAAUUGUGUAAAAACCCAAAUAUAAAUGUUCUACAAAAUAGAAAAUAAUUAAAAAAAGAAAAAAAAACUUAAAUACAUAAAUUGGAAUACAUGGACUCUGUUUAUAGAAAGAUGUUCACUUAAGCAAUUCUCAAUUUCAAUGGACAAACGAAUUAGAGUUCGCUAGUCAUGAUUGGAAACACAUGAGUUAUUUAUAAGGCACCUGUGUAGAAUAUGAGGAACUCUGCCUCAAGUGUAUGUAAACUAGGAACGAAACUUUUAUUUGCCUUACAAUUUUAUCAAAGCGAAUGUAAUGAUCAUGUUCGCAUAUCAAUAAAUAUUUCGAUUGGACUUAGUUAAUAUAAUUUGUAACUAUAUAAUUCAAAACAGAACCUAACAUAGAUCCCCCAUAAUAUUUCUUAAUACUUAACGCUUGUAUAUGGCGCAUUUGUAAUUUCAUUUUGUAAUCGCAGAACCAGUAAAAUAUGAAUUAGGUUUAAUGAACAAAUACAUAAGUACUAUGUUUGAGCAUAAGUCAUAGGUAUUAUUGUUAUUUUUAGUUUAUAUUUACACCUAUACAUAACAUAUAUACUAUUAGAUUAUUAUGAUUAUUAAUUGUGAAUAUGAUGUGAUGUGUUUAUUAAAAAGUAAAGAACAAAAAAAAUUCAAUGUUGCAACUUAAUGAAACGUAAAGAAAUUUGUUGUACUAGAAUCCCGAAAGAUCGAUCGGUGAAAUGAUUGAGUAAGAAAACUAAAGUAACUAGAAGUGAACAAUUUUAGUGUGCGAAUAUUAUAAUCUAAUUAUAAUUUAUAUUUAACGCAAAUUCGAUCUAAUAAUGCAUUACACAUACUUAUAAUAGUAUAUACUUACAGUAUAUACAUACUUUGUAUAAUGUAAGUAAUUUUUCAUUUAUGUCAGGUGAUAUCAACGAAUUUUUCUAUGUGUUUUAUGCGUAUGGCAAGCGUAUUGUUCUUGAGAUGUAGUCUACCUACCUAUUUUUUAAGCGUCUUUAUUUUUUUUUUUAAUUUACGUUUAAUUUCAAAUAUUUUGCUCUUUAUUUAUUAUUGAUACUAUAUAUUAUAUUAUGUUUUUGUGAUAUUCAAAAAUGUUGUUUUUUGUUUUCAUAUUUGUUUUAUUCAUUUUGUAUAUUUUCUCUGGCUUGUUUUUAUAUACAUAUAUAAUUGAUGUGUAAUAUUUGUAUUCAACAUAUAUACUUAUUAUAUAUUAAUAAAUUAAUUAAUACAUUUAAUUACCUAUACUUACAUAUAUACAAAAUAAAAAACAAUGAUAAAUUGAAAAAAAAAAUAGUUUUUAAGGCGUAAGCAGUAAUGUAAUGAACGAUGAAAAUGAUUAAUUAAAUAAAGCUGGGGAGGAAGUAAAGUAAACAUUAAAAAAAUAUGAACACCACGUUUACAGUACGUUUGAAAUCGAUGAUAAAAGUAAUGAUACAAAAAUAUGAUGAUAUUUAUACUCCUAAAAUUAAAAUUUUUUAAAGAUAUUUAAUAAACAAAUCAUUAUUAACUAUUAUUAUAUUUAUUAUUACAAAACAGGUUUAGUUAUUAUAUACAUACAUGUAAAAAAAAAUAAAGAAAAAACAAAAAAAAAAAAAAAAAAAAAAGAAGAAGAAGAAGAGUAAGGA